GUUCUACAUUUGAGCAGCUUAUCGUUUUCGAUGGAACGACCUUGUUACCUAUUCAUAUGUAGUUGAUCAGACCGCCCACAGCUAGCGCCUCGUUUGGCAUUCGAUAAAAUUCUAAUGAGUGCUGAGUGCAACAUAUAAAAGCCCAACAAUCCCCCAUCGCAGCCAGACAGUGCACAGUUCUAAUCCAAAGCCUCAACAUGGUCAAUCAAUGGAGCUAUGUCUUCGUGCUCGUUUUGCUGGCGUCGCUGCAGUCCUCAAUUGGAAAGCCCAUGGGCACAGUCAUCGAUUUGGAUGCCUACUUUGAGAACGCGGAUGGCAGUUCGCAGGAGCGCGUAGUGGGCGGCUACGAUGUGCCCGAUGAUGAGUAUGUGCCCUACCAGGUCUCGAUGCAGUUUCUCACGAAGAGCGGGAAAAUGCGCCACUUCUGCGGUGGCUCCCUAAUCGCCCCCAACAGAGUCCUCACGGCGGCCCACUGUGUCAAUGGACAGAAUGCGAGCAGGAUUAGUGUGGUAGCAGGCAUUCGGGACCUCAACGACGACAGCGGCCAGCGAGCCCAAGUGCAGUCGUACGAGAUGAACGAGAACUACGAGGAGUUGGUGACCAGCGACAUAGCUAUACUGAAAAUCGAUCCACCCUUCGAGAUAGACGACAAACGCGUCAGCACCAUCGAUGUGAGCAGCAGUGAUCUGGUCGGAGCCGAUCAGGAGGUGAUGCUCACGGGCUGGGGAUCUGUUUUUCAUUUCGGCACCGGACCCUUUGCCAAGUAUCCAAACAUACUGCAGAAGCUGUCCUACAAAACGCUAGACAAUGCCAAGUGCAAGGAGACCAUGACGCAGCUGACGGACACGGAGAUUUGUGCUCUGGAAAGGUUUGGCAAGGGCGCCUGCAAUGGUGAUUCGGGCGGACCUUUGGUCAUGGCUAACGGCGACUCCCUUAAGCAGGUCGGCGUUGUCUCCUAUGGCACCGCUUUCUGCGCAUCCAACAGUCCCGAUGUCUACACUCGCGUCUCCAUGUUUAAUACUUGGAUAAAGGAGCGCAUGGCCUAGACCGGAAAUUCCGAUGUACUGCAACUGCAUUUGCACAUACAUAUAUGAAAAUAAAUUCAAAUUCAUCAAAUGGCACACGCUCAUUAAUUCAAGCAGUUGAAACGGCGGCAAGCAGUUCACACAAUAGUUGAGUCUUUCCUUGCAUACUUUCAGGCUGAAAAGACAGUUUCCGACAAACCGUUUAUAAUUAAAAUUUAUUCGAAUGUUUUUAUUGUUA